GAGGACCAGUAGUAGUAAUGUGAUGAAGUACGUGAUGAAAAGUGUUUUCCUUCCGAUAGUCAACCUUGGUGAUGCUAUCAUAUUUAGUUAAGAGGUCAGCGAAAGGUUGAUUAAUAGGCUUAAUUAAACGUACUCCAUGAAUUUCGUAAAUGUUAUUAGUUGUGCCGUUUACGUGUAGACGUGUCUGAUUGUCGACUAGUCGUUUGGCACGCACAUCUACUAGCAGAUUAUAGGCAGUAAGGAAGUCUGCUCCCAGGAUAGGCUGUUUGACUUGUGCUACUACAAAGACCCAUGUGAAACGUCGUCUGAGGCCAAGGUCGAGUAUAAGGGAUUGUUCCCCAUAAGUUUGGAUGAUUGUUUCAUUCGCUGCCUGGAGUGUUAUUUUGCUGUGGGUGAUGUGUUGCCGUCGUGAGAGGUAGAGAGGGAUAAUGCUUAUUUCGGCUCCUGUAUCGACUAAGAAGUCUGAGCCCGAAAUUCUGUCCCUGAUGUGAAACAGACGGCUAGUAGCAUGGCCAGAAGCAGUUGCCGCCAUCACUGUCUGGCUGGCCAGUUUCCCUGUGAUUCUUGACUGCUUGCAGGGAAAGUGCACGGCUUUAGGCAGCGACGAGCUUUGUCACCAUACUUUUGAUGGUACCAACAAACGCCAGUUGGCCUUUUCGGAGAUCUAGAGCGAUGUCGGGAUCUUGACCUUCUUCCAGGAAAAAAUGAGGUUGGUUUCGUGUUAAUCAUAGCUAUUGAGGCUCGUAGUGAAUCAAUCUGGUUUGUGAGCUGAGCUAUUUGCUGUUGUUGAAGGCUAAUAACAUUAUGCCCAUUAUCUUUACUGGUAGUUUGUACAGAAUUAACAACUUGGCCAUCUGGAUAGAUUUCAGCUAUUUUAUCAGCCAUGUCGGCUAACUCGGUCAGAUUGGCUGAAUUAAUAGUUACCAUAAGAAUCUGUCUGACAUUGUGAGGUAGCCGUUGAAGCCAAAGUUGUUUGAGUAUAUUCUCGUCUAACUUAUAAGGGCCAGACAACCCUUUCAUGUAUCUUAGUAAUUGGGAUGGCUUUUUAUCGCCCAACUCAUAGGAGGUUAACAAAUGUUGUAGUCUUUGUUCGCCUGACGCAGAUGUAUAUUGAAAUAUAUCGAUUAAAUGUAAUAAAUACAAUCACAAAAUGUAAGGACGUUACUUUAUACGGCUGCUUGUGCGUGUUCGUAUGUGAUUGGUACUAAAAAAUGCACAAUUAUAGAAGAUCAGUAAUACAAUUAAUGUAAAUAUCCGUAAGGUAGUUUAUACGUAUGACUGUAGUCUAUAAAUGUAGACAAUAUACGUAUUAGAAUCCGAUUAGCAUAUUGAUGAACGAAUGAGAACAUAAGUUGUGUGUAUAAAGUGUAUUUGAUAGGCUCAGGCAUUGAGUGCCGUGCUACGUGUACAACAGAACGGAAAAAUCGGGUAGUCAACGUUACUUGUAUCCAAGGUAACACACUUAAACAACAUGUACAAUCAUUUUAUAGUAAAUGUACAAACAGUCGAAAAUUAACAGAAUAAAUUCAAAAUACGUUUGUCAUGCCAUCUUCACAAACACGCACAAGCAGCCUUAUAAAGUAAUAAAAACACACGAUGGUCCAUAAUCCAAUUGACGAUGCAGAUUUAAAAGUGUCUCAACUUGACCCAAGCAUACAAAUUGGAGAAAUUUAUCAAGUUUUACGAUCUUCUGGUCAAUACUAUCCUGCUGCUGUAAUUGAAGGUCGUAUAAAUAACAGUGGGAAUAAAGAAUACUAUGUUCAUUAUUGUAAUCAAGACCGUCGAUUAGAUGAAUGGGUUACAUCUGAACGAAUUGAUUGUUCUGGAAAGUUGAAAAUUCCAUGUGAAUCAUCAUCUGUUGACCAGUUAACAGAUUCUACUGGACUUGAUAUUCGAUUUACCAGAAAUCAGAAACGUAAAUUAGAAGAAACUUCUAAAGUUCUUCAAGAAAGUGACUCUUUGGACUCAACUACUCAAAAAUUGGAACUUGAAUAUCAAGAAUUUACUCGUGUAAAAUUUAUUGAUCAAAUACAAUUUGGCAAAUAUGAAAUUGAUACAUGGUAUUUUUCACCAUAUCCAGAAGAAUGUAGACAAGUGAAAAAAUUAUGGAUAUGUGAAUAUUGUUUAAAAUAUAUGAAAUCUGCAGAAAUAUGGUUAAAACAUAGAAAAUAUGAUUGUAAAGCCAAACGACCACCGGGCAAAGAAAUCUAUCAGCAUGAUAAUUUAUGCGUAUAUGAAUUAGAUGGCAGUGUACAUAAGCUUUAUUGUCAAAAUUUAUGUCUAUUGGCUAAAUUAUUUUUAGAUCAUAAAACAUUGUAUUAUAAUGUUUCACCAUUUAUAUUUUAUAUUCUAUGUGAAAUACACAAUGAUGGCAUACAUCUUGUUGGUUAUUUUUCUAAGGAAAAAGUAUCUGCUGAUAAUUAUAAUCUUGCUUGUAUCUUAACUUUACCACCAUUUCAACGUCGUGGAUAUGGUCAUUUUUUAAUCAGUCUGAGUUAUGAAUUAGCUAAAAUUGAACAAAUGGUUGGUACACCAGAGAAACCACUAUCGGAUUUAGGACGUUUAAGUUAUCAUAGUUAUUGGGAAAAAGUGAUAUUGAAUUUUCUGUUAGAAAAUCCUAAUUGUACCAUAAAUGAAUUAAGUACAAAAACAUGCAUUGCUAUUGAUGAUAUUGUUUGGACAUUGAAAAAUCAUUCAACUAUCAAUUAUUGGCAAUAUGAUCAUCAAAUCUGUUUACAUCGUGAUACCAUUGAACAAUAUUUAAAUCAAUUCCAUGACCGAUCGAUAAAAUCGUCUUGUUCAAAUAGUAGUAACAAUAAUAAUAAUAUCAAACAUCGUAAAUCAAUGCCUAAAAAUUCUAUUGUCCUUGAUGUUAGUCGAUUGAAAUGGGAUCCACCAGUGAAAACAUCAAUGCAGAAUAAUAAGAAAGAAGUUCAUUGUAAUUAAUGAAUUGCAUGGUAGAUUCUUUUUUUUUUGUAUAAAAAUUCUGACUACUAUUAUCGAGAUUGUUAGUAGUAGUGAGAUUAUUCUUGUUAAAUUUUUUUUUCAAAUGACUAAUAUUCAUAACAGUUCAUGAGGUAUAUUUUUUUCUUAAUAUUUCAAUGUAUGUAAAUACUUUUUUUUUUGAUGUUCUUAUGAUUUUGUGAUUAUCGUUCUUGUUUUUAAAAAUACAGUUUCCAAAAAUUAAAUCUUAUUUAUGUAAAAAUUCGGUGAUUAU